AGACAGCAUAUUCCUCAUUAUCCAUCCAGAAUUUUCCUCUCCCGUCCAUUUAUCGUAAUCCAAUCACCGCUAAAAAGCAACGGGGAAGAAAGGCCCUGAGACCCACCUUUACUCGGACAAAGGAUAACGACGAAUAAAAUUGAAAACCCUAAUUCCUAACUAUUAAAACAUAUCAAAACCGUAUCUCUUCCUAUCUGCGCCGCCUCCAUUUUCAGCUUUUGCCAAACACACAAAAAAGAAAAAAAGAAAAUUUGAAACCCUGAAAUGUCGGACGAGGAACACCAUUUCGAAUCCAAGGCUGAUGCCGGUGCCUCCAAAACCUACCCUCAACAGGCUGGUACCAUCCGUAAAAACGGCUACAUCGUCAUCAAGGCCCGUCCCUGCAAGGUUGUUGAAGUUUCCACCUCCAAGACUGGGAAGCAUGGUCAUGCUAAGUGUCACUUUGUUGGAAUUGACAUUUUCACUGCUAAGAAGCUGGAAGAUAUUGUUCCCUCUUCCCACAACUGUGAUGUUCCACAUGUUAAUCGUACUGACUAUCAGUUGAUUGACAUUUCUGAGGAUGGAUUUGUGAGUUUGCUGACUGAAAGUGGAGACACUAAAGAUGAUCUGAGGCUCCCAACUGAUGACAACUUGUUGAAACAGAUCAAGGAUGGUUUUGCUGAAGGGAAAGACCUGGUUGUGUCUGUUAUGUCUGCAAUGGGGGAGGAACAGAUCUGCGCUCUCAAGGAUAUUGGUCCAAAGUAGUUUGAGAUUGAUUGAUAUGCAGCCUGUUAUUGCAAUUUUAAAUGGAAAGAUUUUCGUAAGACCUUUAAUAGCUUCCCUCUCCAAGACUUGGUUUGUUUGGAUGGGUUUUUAUGCUUGGUCUGGAUACGAAAAACACAUAAUUACUAUUAGUUUGUGCUAUGGUUUACUGUUCUCUUUUCAAGUCCUUUUCCUACAA